AUGUGGGCAGGCCGAGUUAUUGUACCAUGUAGCCGAGUAAGGGGAAUACUUGGCUCCCCCGCCCGCGGGGUGAAUGGCUGUAGUUCUACUCCUUUUCUACAGCCGAAUCGCCGCAGGUUCCUGCUAGAUGCUACCCCGGCUCUCCAGUAUCGAUCGAACGCGACGACAACCAUCAAUGGCAGUGAAUACCCGACUGAUUCCUGGUUCAACGUGCCGCGAAACGUCAUUGAAAAGGUCCCUCGCCGACUCCACCUGCAAAAAGAUCACCCCAUAUAUAUAACCCGACAGAUCGUCGAGUCUGUCUUCCCGGCGCCGACGUACAAGCACCACAACGAUUUCAGUCCCGUCGUUUCCACGCUCCAGAAUUUUGACUCGCUGGGUUUCCCGAAAGACCACCCGGGCCGGUCAAAGUCGGACACGUACUACGUAAACAGCGAGACCCUGCUACGGACGCACACGAGUGCGCACCAGGCAGACGUGUUUCGGCAGAAUGUCAGCGACGGCUACCUGAUCAGCGCUGACGUCUAUCGUCGCGACGAAAUCGACCGGAGUCACUACCCCAUAUUUCAUCAGAUGGAGGGUGCGCGGUCGUGGGACCGCGCCAAGGCGUCGGAUGGGGACGUCGCAGCGGCUAUAUGGUCGGACGUACAUAAACUACCGAGCCACAACGUCGAGGUCCAGGAUCCCAACCCCCCCUCUCACGACCAGAGAAACCCCCGCCAGGCGGAUCAUCACUCCGUAGCCGAGGCUGAGGCCAUCGCCGCCCACCUAAAAAGGUCGCUCGAGCUUGCGGUCGUCGAGAUCUUCACCCGCGCCAAAGCGGCCGCUGUGAAGGCCGACCCCAACUUCGUAGACGAACCUCUGCAGGUACGGUGGGUUGAGGCUUAUUUUCCCUUUACUAGCCCUUCCUGGGAGCUCGAGGUCUACUACGGCGGCGACUGGCUGGAGGUGCUGGGCUGCGGCGUGGUUAAGCAGGACAUCUACAUCAACGCAGGCGUGCCAAACCAGCUGGGCUGGGCCUUCGGUCUCGGCCUCGACCGGAUCGCCAUGCUACUAUUUCAGAUCCCGGAUAUCCGCCUCUUCUGGUCGCAGGACGAUCGCUUUUUGAACCAGUUCAAGGGAGUGUCGGACAACCUGAGCUCACUUAAGCGUUUCGUGCCCUUCUCUAAAUACCCGGUUUGCCUAAAAGACACGUCGUUCUGGUUAGGGUCGUCGUCCGCAGCGGGGGGCAAUACUAAAGCGAACGUGCACGACUUCCACGAGAACGACGUGAUGGAGAUUGUGCGCAGCGUGGCCGGGGACGUCGUCGAGGACGUCAGGCUAGUAGACGAGUUCACCCAUCCCAAGACCGGAAGGCGAAGCAUGUGCUACCGAAUCAACUACCGGAGCCUCGAACGGACCUUGACGAAUGUAGAAACCAACGACCUGCACAACGAGGUCAACAGAGUCCUGGUGGAGAAACUCGGCGUCGAGAUCCGGUGA